AUGUCACCCGAAAGAACCCCACCCAUAAUCAUCCCUCCCGCAAUCCCACCAAGCGACCCCUCCAAAUCCUCCGCCGUCAUCUUCAUUCAUGGCCUGGGCGAUGAUGCCUCAGGGGUCCUUCCCAAUGCCCUUGAUGGCCAUGAUCUUGCAACCACAGCGUGGUACUUGCCCACGCGCCUAUCUCCGUAUCCGCCUUCACGCCCGGAACUCGAGGAUGGUGAAGAUGAGGAAGGGAUUAUGGCUUCAGUAGAUUAUAUUACGAGUUUGAUUGAUGAUCUUGUCGUGCAAGGCAUGUCUGAGAGGAGGAUUGUUGUGGGCGGCUUCUCCCAGGGCCAUGCUAUGGCUUUGUUGACUGGGCUUGUAUCAAAGUAUUCGGGGAGACUUGGCGGACUAUUCGGACUAUCUGGCUGUCUUCCAUUAUCUGAUCAGGUCUUCCUAGCGAGAGGAACAAGCGAUAGAUUAGUUCCUAAACGGCAUCAUCGAUUAUGCUAUGAGAGACUCUCGGAACUCGGGAUCAAAGAAGAAAAGACGACGAUCAAAGAGUAUGAAAACAUGGGGCAUGUCAUGAGCGGCGCCGAGCCAAGAGAUUUGUGUGCGUGGCUAGAGAAGACAUUACAAUGACGCGUAACAAGAAGUCCUUCCAUCGCUCCUUCCACGAAUGCAACCAGCAAGCAGAUAAAUAGGUACACUUUGUGAUAGUACGACUGAAUAGUACAUAAAAAGAAAAAGAAAAUAUCAAGAAUGCCAGCCAAUGCAAAUGUGUAUGUAUCCGCACAUCAUCCACUUUCCCCCAAAGCUUAUACACACACAGACAUAGAGACGC